AGCCCCAGCUGUUGUGCAAGCGUGUGCUGGGCUCAGGUUGUGUUGUUUUGAUUCUACAACACCACCCAAUAACAAACAAUGGGCCUAUUCGGUAAAUCGCAGGACCGGAAUCCAAAGGAUAUGGUGCAAGAAUGGUCCUCCAAGUUACGCAAAGAAUCGUUCGCCCUUGACCGACAGAUCCGGUCGAUUCAGCGAGAAGAAGACAAGAUCAAACGCUCGCUCAAAGAGGCAGCCAAAAAGAACGACAAAGAGGUAUGCACGAUCCUGGCCAAAGAGCUGAUACGGUCGCGGAAAGCGAUCAACAAAAUCUACACCAGCAAGGCACACAUUAACUCGGUGCAGCUGCAGAUGAAAAACCAGAUGGCGACGGUACGGGUGGCCGGUUCGCUGGCCAAAUCAACCGAGGUGAUGCAGGCGAUGCAAGCGCUCGUGAAGCUGCCAGAGGUGGCCGCAUCAAUGCGCGAAAUGUCGAAGGAAAUGAUGAAGGCAGGCAUCAUCGAAGAGAUGAUCGACGAAACGAUGGAAUCGCUCGAGGACGUUGAGGAGAUGGAGGAGGAGGCGCAGAAGGAAAUCGAUCACGUGCUGUGGGAGAUUACGGCCGGUAAACUCGGCGAGGCUCCGGCAACCCCGUUGGCCAAUCCCACGAAAGAGGAACCAUCGACGUCGCGCGUCGAGGAAGACGAGGACGAAGAGGACGAUAUGAAGGAGAUGCAGAGCCGAUUGCAAGCGCUGCGAUCGUGAAAAGGAAGCAACUGUAUGUGACCCGUUAAAUGCUUAACCACCAUCACCUUCACUGUGUGCAUGAAUGAUGUUUAAUACUGGUAUUAACCCUACGGAAGCCCUCAAAAAUUUACGAGAUAAGAUUAUAAAAAUUUAUCCUACAAGGAAAAAUUCUUCCCUGAUAAA